UCAGCGAUGAGAGCCACUACAAAACCGUCCCUCUCUGCAAGAUAAGUGUGGAUGUGGGCAACUGAAAUCGGUUACUAAUUCCAUAUAAAAAUGCUUUAUCUCACCAAUAGAUAAGGGUUGAUGUCAAGAAACGCUGGUCUUUGGCGAUGGCUUCCACUGCGCUGAUUCUCCCCAUCCAUGGAGGAAACCGUACGUCUUCCCAAUGCCUUUCUUUCCGCCAUACCCACUCUUCUGCAACAUUUUCCAGUUUCUUUUCCUUCCAGGUGGGGUUGGAGUAGGGAUCGAGACGUCGGAAAUAGUACACACAGAACGAGGGGUCAAGCAUUCCGAAUUUUGGCUAACCCUAAUGUCUCUCCCGGGAAAGAUGACUUAAUUAAGAAGGUGAUUAUGGUUGAUCCUUUGGAGGCCAAACGUUUGGCUGCAAAAGAAAUGGAAAAAAUCAAAGCAAAAGAGAAGUUCAAGAGACGACGUCAAAUAGAAGCGAUAAAUGGAGCAUGGGCAAUGAUUGGUCUGACGGCAGGGCUCAUUGUUGAAGGUCAAACUGGAAAAGGCAUUCUAGCACAGUUGGCCGGCUACUUGGCCGCGGUUGUGAACUUCUUUGUACGGUAGACAUCUUCAAGGGCAAAAGGACUUCUCCUUUGAAUGGAAGAAUUAUUCUCUUCUCGACCAUUGAAAGUUCGGUAUUGCUUGUUCAUCCUUUUAUACGUAUCAAAAAGGAUCUUUCCAUCCUAAGAAACUGAAGUCUGAUUCUUUCCUCUUUUCAAGACUGAUUUCUUCACAUUUCAUGUACAAAAUUAACAAUGUAUUGAGAUGGUUUGUUGAAAUCGUUAUCUUACCAU